CAUCGCGACUGAUUCCGCCGUAGUCGACGACCUGCUCGACUUGCCAGUGCUGACCUCCCCUCUCCUCCCCUCCGCGCCUCAGAUCUCGCUCAUCAUGGCCUCCGCGAAGCCUGUCGCGAGGCUGGUUGCCUAUCGCCGGCCUUCGCCCUACCUGAUUGCAUCUUCCCUCCGUCCGUCGCUCUUGGGCUCGACCGCAAACUUCUCAUCCUCGGUUUCCAGGGCAGCUACCCCUUCUGGGCCACCCCAACCUGGCUUCCGUCUGGCUCCCCCAAAGCGAUGGGAUCAGAGUGAGGAGUCUUCUCUGGAUAAGGCCAGCAAAUACUUCCUGAUGGCUGAGCUCUUCCGGGGCAUGUACGUUGUGCUGGAACAAUUCUUCAGGCCACCAUACACGAUCUUCUACCCAUUCGAGAAGGGCCCCAUCUCCCCGCGAUUCCGUGGUGAGCACGCCCUCCGCCGCUACCCAACCGGUGAGGAGCGCUGCAUUGCCUGCAAGCUCUGCGAGGCUAUCUGCCCUGCGCAGGCCAUCACUAUUGAGGCGGAAGAGCGUGAAGAUGGAAGCCGAAGAACCACCAGAUACGAUAUUGAUAUGACGAAGUGCAUCUACUGUGGAUACUGCCAGGAGAGCUGCCCCGUUGAUGCCAUCGUUGAGUCCCCCAACGCAGAAUAUGCGACGGAGACCAGAGAAGAACUGCUGUACAACAAGGAGAAGUUGCUGGCCAACGGUGACAAGUGGGAGCCCGAGCUGGCUGCUGCCAUCAGAGCCGACGCUCCCUACCGAUAAACCACGUUCCGUCGUGGAAUAAUUCCCAUCAUGCAGGAGGAGACACUACUGGAGCAACUGUCCCUGUACUGUACAUAAAUGUCGUCAUCAGAAGUCCUUUUUCAUCGCUCACACGACUCAGCAUCCCCAGU